AUGCGUGCGCACGCAAUGGCAAACGUCAACAGAGAUAUAGCGUUACGGGUUAGGUGUGUCGGUGUCACCGGCGCUCACUCUAUCACCACAACCGCCACAACAAGACAUAACUACCGACAUCUGGAAGCGAUGGCAUCGCGAGCGGUGACGUCGGCCACCGAUGGCCACUACCGGACCGGUUAUCUCGAAGUGUUGGUCCGCAACGUGUGGUAUAAAGUGAUGGUCAGAUUAGAUGACAAUUGCCUUCACCUGACGCUCGACGAGAACUUCGAGACACUCAACGCCAACGUCUUGAACAACAACAACACGUCCGCCGCCGCCAACCAUAGCAAUGGUGUGAACGGCUCCGUCGACCGCGACGUCAACGCCAUCGCCAACAACACCAACGACUACUUCUUGACACCCGAUUUGGCGGACACUUUGGCCCACAAGAGGCGUGUGGUUCGCAUCCAGAAGUCGGACAGCAAUGGUCUGGGAAUCAGUAUCAAAGGCGGCCGCGAAAACAAAAUGCCGAUUCUUGUGUCCAAAAUAUUCAAAGGCAUGUCCGCUGACCUGACGGGACAGCUGUUCGUCGGCGACGCUAUUCUCUCCGUCAACAACACGUGGGAUCUGAGAGACGCCACACAUGACGAGGCCGUCAAAGCCCUCAAGAGUGCCGGCGAUGUCGUCACUCUGGAAGUCGUGUCGUCAUUUCCCCUCAUUAUAGUGAAGUACUUGAAAGAAGUGAUUCCGUACUUCCGGAAGGCAUCCAUUCUGGCGGACAUCGGCUGGACAUUCAAUGGCGAAGAAUUCCUUCAACACUCAAACCAAUUGAAUACCGAUUCAAAUAACUCACACCAGAAUAAAAGUGACACUAAAAUAGUGCCCCUAUUGUUAUGCCAUUUGACUAAAUGCACGGACAAUAAGUCCAAUGACGGCAAACACGAGGACAGUGUUAACGUAAUCGCCAUUUACUCACCGAAUCGGCAGUCAAAGUGUGUCCUAAGAUGUGUGGAUUCGGCCCAAUGUAGCGCUUGGUUCAGCGCUAUUCACUCGGCCUCCUGUCAGCUCAUGGCUCAGGCCGUCGUACAAACCAAUGAAAUAUUGACCGACUUUUUAGACGGCGCCCGACUAUCACACAUGGGAUGGCUCUUUGAACGGAGUCCAGAGGUUAGCACUCAUGUGAAGUGGAAUCCGGUAUUUCUGGCGGUGACGGACAGAGACCUACUUUUCUACGAUUUGGUGCCGUGGACUCGGGACGCGUGGGCCGUUCCCGUCCAUACGUUCCCAUUAUUACACAUCCGUUUAGUGCACAACAGUUCAACCAAUUUAGGUCUAACCAUGUCUUCAAAGUCGACCAAUUCUGGCGGUACUCUCAUUAUACCGGGCGUUACGGAUGUCAUCACAUUUACGCUAAGGUUUGGCACAAGACAUGGCAUCGAUUGUCGUAUAAUGCGUGCCGAAAGCCACCGAGAUUUGGCCAAUUGGGCCAAACAUAUAGUACAAGCCUCACACUCGGCGGCCAUUGCGCUCAAAGAGAUCUGUUUCGCGUGCAUUUAUAAGAACAUGGAGUCAAUCAUCACAAUUCACAUCGAGAAUGGAUUCACGUUAGAAGAGAUUCAGACGAGAAAAAUCCUAUGGAGAGUGUCUUUUGAGCAGUUGAAAGGCACCGGAGAUGACGGCAAACGAAUUGUUUGGCUUGAAUUCAAUGGAGACGACGAUAAG